CAAGCUUUAGCUGUUUGUCCAUGCGCCUGAUUACCCCACUCACUGUUUCUUAACACACAUUACCCACCAGUCAUAACGUUUUAUAUAUCCUUUGAUAUUUAGUUGGUAAAAAACUGAAAGUCCUAUUUAUUUCUAAAGCAAUUUUAGUGACAUCGAUAUUUGAGCAUCAGUGUGAUUUUUGUUUUGCACCUGUGUUUCUUCACUCUGGAUUACACGAUCGUCGACGAUACUUACAGAAAAUGUAUUUAAAUGGUUAAACAUGGAGGCGUUCAUGUUGGAUACGAUUUGAUUAGUAUUACAGACGCAACACGUAUGAUGGUUUAAUUAUUAUAUGCAGACUCGUUCCGAUGAUGUAACCGUGCCCAUCUUGUAACCAGUGCGACCAGCGAUGUCCACGACGGAGGUGGACAAAUCUACGUCAUCCAAACUAGAACCCAUAGUGGAAGAUGGAUCGGAGGAGGAUGUCGACAGCGGGCAGUCGAGUCCAAACUCCGCGGAGUACCCGGAGGAACCAUUUCUUCUCACGCAGUACAACGACGACGAAUCCUUGUACUCGUCUGCCGUCUUCUCUCGCGAAGGGUCCACUGCGCAUGCGUCGGAAGCAGACGGCGAUGGUGGCGAUUCGUACGAGAGUUCCGAUUCGUCUGACAACGAGGGAUCCGUGUUACUGGAACCUCUGCUGCUCAAUGACGAAGACUACGACACGGAUCUAGAUAUGGAUGAAGAUAAGUGGUUGUAUCCUGAAAGGUACGACCGAGACACGACUGGUUUAAACAAGUACAUGCGGGCGUGUGCUCUGUUCGAGGUGAAGCCGGUCCGCUACUUCAUACAGCACAUGCAUGACGAGGAGCUGUCCUUGAAACACCACGGGCUGGGUCCAGUGGCCAUGAAGGCCUUGUCCAUUCCCCUCGAGAUUAAUACUGUCAUAGAGAAGAUCGACCUUGAGGGUAAUGGGAUCGAAGCUGAAGGGACCAUUCACCUUUGCCGGGUACUCAGGGAAAACGUCUACGUUACUGAUCUGGUGCUAUCGGAAAACAAGAUUGAAAGUGUUGGUGCAAUACAUAUGGCUCAGCUCCUAGCUAACAACAGGACGCUGGAGAGCGUAGAUCUCACAGGUAACGAGAUCACUGAUACAGCAGCGGAAUAUUUCUACUUCAUGCUAAAAAAAAACACGACAUUGCGGCGCUUGUUACUGCGGCAUAACUGUUUCGAAGACUAUGGUGCUCAGUUCUUCAGAGACGCUCUCAGUGAAAACGAGGCUCUAGAAAUACUCGAUCUUAGCUGGAAUCAUUUCCAGAGCAAAGGUUGCGUUGCCAUCGCAAAUGGACUUAAGGAGAAUUUUGGUCUUAAAGAGCUGAAUAUUUCAAUGAAUGGAUUUGGUUUAGAAGGAGCCAAGGCACUUGGUGACGCAAUAAAGCACAACAGAACUCUUCUCAAACUGGACGCAAUGUUCUGUCGGCUGCCGUUACACGGCGCUAUGUCAAUGUCCGACGGUCUACAGACCAACGAUAUUUUACAGCAGUUAAACGUUGGAUAUAAUUCACUCCAUGCAGAUGGCGCCUUUGCUCUUUUGGUGGGCGUGGAUAAAAAUGAAAGCAGUUCACUUAAUCUACUCAACUUUGGCAAUACUGUCGUGAAGCCAGAAUUCCAAGACCUUCAAGAAAAACUGGAAUCCAAACGAAACAUCAAGAUCAUCUAUGGUGGGGUCACGCAGGAGGUACCGACCCUGACGGCCGAGUACGUUGACCCCAUGGAAGCGUUCAAGAAAGACCCAUUCACAAAAUUCAAACAGUGGGUGGAGAAAGCCGGUUACCGUUUGAUUGACGUGUUACGUCAUUUCGAUAGGGACAACAGUAUGACCAUAUCAAGAGAGGAGCUCAUAACUGGAAUCGAGAAGCUCAACAUUGAAAUGACGAAAGAGCAGAUAGAAAUUUUAUUACAGCGCAUGGAUAAGGAUGGAGACGGCGAAAUUGAUUUCAGUGAACUAGUACAGGAAGAUACUCAACAUCGGAAAACAAAGCGGAAUGUUCUCAAGGUGGUCAUGGAACACCAAAACGAAGUCAACAAAUCUUCCAACAACGCUGACGCAUUUAUACAAGAAGCGGCAGGGUCUUGACACUCAUUCGUUAUGUAUGUGUGUGUUAUACGUAAUAGUAGGUAACACGCGUUUUUCAACCUUCAGUGGAAGUGAUCAUGUGUCAAAUGACUGAGCGACUGAUUAACAGAAGUCUGCCUAUCAAACUAUUUAAUAUUAAUACUUGAACUUCAAGAAUGACUUGUGAAGAAAAGCACCCGAGAACACAUGAACUCAAAUUACAAUGUGAAAUACAUCGAUACAUGAUUGUACCGUACGAAGUCGGUGCAUGGCUUGAUCUUCGGUCACCAUAAAUGUAUAUUAUACAUCUAACAUUCGGCGCAGAAACCAGCCUAUCGAGCGUUUGCGAUCGCUUACCCUCCUAAGGGCCGUACCUAGUGGGAGGGAAGGGCAAAAUGGCCUAUUGCUUUCCCACCCACCCAAAAAAUACAAAGAGUGACCCUUUGGUCUAGCUUCAUAACAUUGUUCAUCAUAGUGUUUGUUGAUAAAUGUUUUUCUGUUAGUUUAGGUACGUCCCCAGAUGUAGUGAAUUAGUGUCAACAAUUCUAAAACCAGAAUUAUAUCGAUAUAGUGUGACACGGACACAAACUGUAAUGAAUAGCAAUGAUUGUGAGAGUGGCUGGUGCUCUAUCAGGGCCGUACUCUGAUCAAAAUCCGGGGGGGGGGGGGGGGGGGCACUACUUUUUAUAAACAAAUGAAACACUAUAAAUAUUAAACCCUGAGAUGUGUGUGCUAUUUUCUGGAGUAAAAAAAAAAAAAAAGUGAGAUUCUCAGGGAGGCAACUGCCCCGCCCCCCGGAGAGUACCGCCCUGUCUAUGUGAGCCUUGUAAUAUCAAGAUUACUGAGUCACCGUUUGCAAUUGUCAACAAGGUGAUGGCGCACCAAAUGACUACCUAGCUAGCUAGAUUUUGCAUGAAUACUAUACUUUAGUAGAUGUAUCAUAGAUAAUAAAACGGAAGUGUUCUCUCUU